GUUAACCAUUAACAUUGUGUGACUUUAACCCUGAGAGACAGCGGAAGAAGACAUAACUUCAACAAUACAAAGGUCUCGCCUAAACUUGAGUCAAAAGAGUGGUGAAAAUGAAUGACAUAGAUGAUGACAGUGAAAUAUCCUUCUCAGUUAAAUUUUGGGGUCGUGUCGAGGUGGGUAGUGCAGUUGGGUUGCAGAUUCUCACUGACGCAGUAGAAACCUUGCAGGAUCCUAAUAAAGAGAUGAAUGAGAAAGUGAAAAAAAAUAAGAAGAAAGCAUAUUUGUUUCUUACACGGAGUGCCAUUGACAUCCUAGAACAUAAAACAAAGUUCAUGCUGUACACCUGCGCUCUGUCCUCCAUUUCAUUCUGUGCAGUUCACCCGACACAGCCCAAAAUCCUUGGCUUUGUUACCAAACACCCUGCGGCGGACGUGUUUCACUGCUACAUUCUCCAGAGCAAGAAGUUUUCUCAUCUGCUGGUGUCCAUCAUAGGUGAUGCAUUCCAGGCUUGCAAACAAAAUGAUUGUCUGGGAGGUGAUCGUGACCUGGUUGUGGAAGCCUUGAGACACAAGAAUAAGAUACUGCAGCGAGAAAACAUGGAGCUGAAGAGGAGACUUCAAGCUCAUGGAGAAAACAUUGAUGGAGUCCCCAUUUUUGAAAAUGAGUCUGAUGUGGAUAAGGUGUCUUCUUAUUCAGGGCAGUCCACAUCACAGGUGAGAUUCUUCUCAGAUGAUGACCAGGUUCCUUUGCAUAUUAAUUUCUGAGAAGAAACUGAUAAACUCCAAUGAAUGCACGAGAAACGACCACUGCUCCUGAAACACCACCAAAAUCCCCAGCAGAUGUGACAAUCCAAAUCGAAUUACUCUUAACAUAAUAACAUGUCACUUUAAAGAUUUUAGAUAUUCUCAUAAUCAUGGAUUGUUUCUAGAGACAUCUGGAUGACAUUAGUAAAGAAAAAAAAGAAAAGAAAAAAAGAUUUAUGUUUAAAAAAUUAUUUACAAAUAAACCUUUUGUAUAAACUGUGGGAGGUAAUUUUUCACUCAUGUAUACAUUUAAGAAUGUUUUGCUGGUUUAAGGUAGUUAUUCCCAUGUUAAUACCACUGCAGAAGCAUAAUCACUUUUUGGAUAAUAGUAUUAAUGGAAUGCAACUUAAACAUGAAAAUGUUACGUUUCUGUCAGAAAAAAAAUUCAUAUUUUUUUACUGCUUAUUUAUCUGAAAUGUAUGGGGUUUGUAUUGAGCAACUCUCUCAUUUAUUCUCCCUCAUGCCAUUCCAGAUGUGUAUGACUUUCUUUUUCUGCUGAACUCGAAGAUUGCAAUGCAAGUGAAUGGGUGCCAACAUUUUGAAGAUCCACAAAUCACAUAAGCAAGCAUAAAAGUAAUCCAUAAGACUCCAGUGGUUUAAUCAAUGACUUCUGUAGUGAUAUGACAGGUGUGGGUGAGAAACAGGUCAAUACAUUUUUACUAAAAAUUCUCCUCCCCACUCAGUCAAUCUCCACCUUAACUUUCACAUUCUUCUUUUGUUUUUGGCAAUUAAUUUUCUUCAUGCAUAUCGCCCACUACUGGGCAGGGAGAAGAAUAGCAAGAAAUUACUUAAAUAUUGAUCUGUUUGUCACCCACACCUAUCAUAUCACAUCUGAAGAUAUGUAUUAUAUGUAUUAUAUCUAUAAAAACACUGGAGUCAUAUGGAUUACUUUUAUAAUGCCUUUAUGUGCUCACUUGCAUUGUAUGGACCUACAGAGCUGAUAUAUUCUUCUAAAAAUCAUAAUUUGUGUUAUGCAGAAGAGAAAGUCAGACACAUCUGGGAUAGCAGGAGGGUGAGUAAAUGAUGAGAGAAUUUUCAUUUUUGGGUGAACUAUUCCUUUAACUAUAAUUUUGCACCUAUUAUAAAUGUGGGAAGAGCCAUUUGACGUACCAAGUGUUUGUUGUUAAUGAGAUUAAAGAUGCAAUAUUGUCUUGAUCAGUUGUCAUUAGCAGUGCUUGUAGUGUAAUAUUUCAUUUUCCAAUAAAAUACA